CACGACCAGCGAGCAACCUCAACGCCUUUUCUUCCUCAAUUCCCCUCAUGGCUGGAGGAGCUGUCUUUAUUAUGCGAUAUUAGAGACUUUUUUUGCAAAGAUGAAGUCUAUUUCCAGGAUACCAACAGUCACAAGAUCCAGCCUGUCGAUACGAGCAGCACGAACAACUUGCGUAGUAUGUUCGUCUAGCUCCAGCUCGAAUCGGAGACCAGCAGCAGACUCAUCUCGAUAUUUCUCGGUUCUGAACCGCCCUCCGCCCAAUUAUCCUGGCCAUGUCCCUCUGACGAUGGUCGAACGCGCCAGCCUGGCCAUCGGCUCCGGCAUCAUGUCUCUCAUUGACCCGAGACGUGGAGAUCUCAUCGCAACGGUGGGCGAAACGACAGCAACCCCUUACUUCAUCCCUCGCCUCCGCGACGCCAUGCUCGCCUCCCCUACCGGCCGCCGCAUCCUCCGCGACCGACCGCGCCUGACCUCCACCUCCCUCAACCUCGACCGCCUCCGCUCCCUGCCCGAGAACACCGUCGGCCGCGCCUACGUAGGCUGGCUGGACCGCGAGGGCGUGUCGCCCGACACCCGAGCCCCCGUGCGCUACAUUGACGACGAGGAGUGCGCCUACGUCAUGCAGCGGUACCGCGAGUGCCACGACUUCUACCACGCCCUCACGGGGCUCCCCGUCUACCGCGAGGGCGAGGUCGCCCUCAAGGCCUUCGAGUUCGCCAAUACCCUUAUCCCCAUGACCGGGCUCGCCGUUGCCAGCUACUUCACCCUGAAACCCCGCGAGCGCGCCCGCUUCCGCGCCGUUUACGGGCCAUGGGCCAUCCGUAACGGGCUUCGCGCGGAACACGUCAUCAAUCUCUACUGGGAGGAGCAGCUCGAGCGCGACGUCGACGUGCUCAGGGCCGAGCUCGGUAUAGAGAAACCUCCUGACAUGAGGGAUAUGCGGAGGAAGGAGAAGCAGGCGAGGGAGGCGAGGAAGAGGGCGGAGGAGGCGGAGGGUGCUUCUGCGGCCGCCUCAGAUGUCGCUGUGAAACCACAACACUGGCAGAACACGGAAUCCACAGCGCCGCCUAAUGCGUAAAAAAGGGCUAUCGUGUAACAAAACAAGGAAAAUACGUCGUGGUUGGGAAGGUAAAGAGCACAUUCUUGUCCUCGUGCAUUGGUGUACCAUCAAUUUUGUCGUACCAUAGUACCUGUAGCACAUGUAAUACCGCUAGAGACACCACCUAGCUUCAAAAGUUGGGGAGACCGACCCUGUCCUCGCCGCGGACAGCCCAGAGAAAAUCUGCAUAGGCAUAUUCAAUCAAGAGGAAGAAUAGGAAAA